AUGGACGCCAAAGCGCUGCAGGGCGCACUCACCCCCGAGUCGCUGCGGAGUACAGACUCGGCGAACGCUGCAAGCAAGAUUAUCGACGACGUCGCCCGCUACCUGACGAACAGCGAGAACAUUGUCGCCGAGAUCAACGCAGCGGGGAAACCAGUAUGGGAAGCUCUGGGAAACUUGUGGCCCGCAGUUGCCGAGUCGCUGGACCCGAGUCCGAAGGCUCCGUCCGCCAUUAGCGAGGAGGCGCGAGUCGCACUGGCAGCGGCUACGGCUAAGCUGGAGCGCAAUCUGAUCGCUGGCUUGUUCGAGAACCAGCAGGCUGCUUUGCCGCACGAGCCGUUGAUCCGCAGGACGAUCUUUGAUGUGACGACCUUCAACCGCAUCGAGGACGAGAAGUUGUCGAUGCAGAGUGCUGAUGCGCUACUGGCAAAGUACCUGACGGGCGGUCGUGAGGACGACGUCGUUAUCUUCCUCUCUGUCCAUGUCCAAGCUAACGACAGGGAGAACCUUCUCUCCCCAACCGGAGUGAAGUGGCUCGCGCAGCUUCUCGGCCGAUUAGACGACUGGGUCGAUUGCGAGGAUGCGCGUUUCGAGCUGGCCGUCGGCAUCGUGAACCGCUUCAUCGUGCGGGAUCUGCAGUCCCGUCUCUUCUCCGCCCUCGGCGCUCCGGAUCAGGCUGGCCUCACCGAGCCCGAGGAGGAGAUCACGCCAAGCCAGACGACACUGCUGAAGCAGCUCGAUGCGUACUUGGCUCAGCGCGCUGAUGUUGCCGGCACAGAGCAAGAGGAGGACGGAGACAACGCCUCGCCGUCGCCCAAUGCCUUCCUCGUACCCCUGUUCGGCCGGUUGGCGAAGUACGCCUCUUCCUCGAUGAAGUCAGGCAAGGACGACGCGCGUCUGCCGCCCGUCCUCAUCGGUCUGGUUCUGUGCACCGAGUGCCUGAGCUCUAUUGUCCUCUCGGCCCAGCGUAGAGCAGAUGCGGUCAAGGCGGCUCAGAAGAAGGGCCAGAAUGUCUCCGCUUCCGCUGGCGGUGACGAGGAGAUCGUCGCCGAACUCAAGACGGACAAGUUCAUCGGCGAGCUCGUGUCCGUGCUCCAGGCGACGGACGCGUUCCUCCCUCGUGUCAAGCCGACAGCGGAGGAGAACACGACGCUGCCGUUCCAGAACGUGAAGCGCGACCUCGUCCGCCUCCUUGGCCUGUUGGCUUACGACGACACAAAGGUCGGCGACAUUGUGCGCGAGAAGGGCGGCGUCGAGACCGUGCUCGGCAUGUGUGAGACGGACGAGCGCAACCAUUACCUCCGCGAACACGCCCUCCUCACCGUGCGCAACUUGAUGACGGGCAACCCGGGCAACCAGGCUAUCAUCGGCAAGAUGGCCCCGAUCGGUCUUGUUGGCGAGGACGGCGAGCUCAAGCCGCUCCCGCAGCGCAUCAAGGAGAGUCACGAGAAGGCUGCGUCGGCUGCCAACGUGCCCUCCUCUUCGGCGCCCCAGCCUGCGUCGGUGCAGGAGGUUCCGGAGACGAACGCGGCCGCCGAGCAGAAGGCUCCGGAGACUUCGGCCUGA